CCUGGCUUCCCACAGCUACACGGUUAGACAAGUGACGAGUAUUUUAAGGUCUUUGUAUCAUGAAAAUAGCAACCUUCAGGGAGCUCUGAAAAGAUUUUAGAGAACUCCUGGGGUACAGGGAGCACAUUUGAGAAUCCUUGACUUGCCGGCUUUUGGUGAUCCAUGUGAGCUAUAUAAUGAAUAGUUUCACCAUGGAAAUCCCUUGUGGUCUUCUCACCCGCUCCCAGAAGCCAGUGCCUCUUAAGAGCAUCUCAGUGGCUGUGUCUAUCCAUGAGUUUGUGGCAGAUGUGUCUGCAACCCUGGACUACAAGAAUGAGGAAACUGAUCCUGUGGAAGCAUUCUUUGUGUUCCCCAUGGAUGAAGACUCUGCUGUUUAUAGCUUCCAGGCCCUGGUGGAUGGGAAGAGGAUAGUGGCAGAAAUACAAGAGAAGCAGCAGGCCAGGAAAGAUUAUGAGAAUGCCAUCUCCCAAGGCCAGCAAGCCUUCCUUCUGGAGCAGGAUAGCAGCUCCGGUGACAUCUUCAGCUGCAGUCUAGGAAAUUUACCAGCUGCAGAGGCUGCUGUCACUCUGAGCUAUGUUCAGUAACUCCUUGAGGCAGAUGGGGCUGUUCGUUUUGCUCCAGCCAUCUUGAAUCCACGCUAUCCCCUCCAAGGUGAGGAGCCUGCUGUGGCAUGCAACAUCACCUCUGAAAUCCCCCGGGUUGCUGGCAAGGAGCUGCCCUAUACAUUUAGUGUCACUGCCAAUGUCUGCUCUGCCCAUGGCAUUGAGAAGGUCCAGUCCAACUGUCCUCUGAGUCCCCUGCAGUACUUAGAAGAUGACAAGGACAGUUGUCAGGUUUCCUUGGCUGAAGGGCAUCGUUUUGAUCAGGAUGUUGAGAUUCUGGUUUACUACAGGGAGGUGAACACACCCAGUGUCUCUGUGGAGCUGGCCCAGGCUGAUGCCAAACCAGGUUCCCUCAUGGGAGAUCCAGCUAUGAUGGUGAGCUUCUACCCUAGCAUCCCUGAGUCUCAGGGAGAGAUCACUGGUGAAUUUAUCUUCCUCAUGGACCGCUCAGGGAGCAUGUCUUCCCCAGUGCAUAGCAAAGGAGAUGGCCAGUUGCGCAUAGACAGUGCCAAGGAAACUCUGCUCUUGCUGCUGAAGAGUUUACCCCUUGGUUGCUUUUUCAAUAUCUAUGGAUUUGGAUCCUCCUUUGAGUCAUUCUUUCCAGAGAGUGUGGCAUAUACACAGCAGUUCAUGGAGGAGGCCAUGAAGAGAGUAAAGAAUCUAGAAGCUAACCUGGGAGGGACUGAAAUCUUAGAGCCACUGAAGAACAUUUAUAGCAAAGUCUGCAGGCCAGGCUACCCUCGGCAGCUCUUUGUCUUCACAGAUGGAGAAGUUUCUAAUACCCGACAGGUCAUUGCUGAAGUUCAACGCCACAACAAGGAUCACAGGUGCUUCUCCUUUGGAAUUGGAGAAGGGGCUUCCACCAGCCUUAUUAAAGGCAUUGCUCGGGCAGCUGGGGGCACUGCAGAAUUCAUCACGGGCAAGGACAGAAUGCAGCCCAAGGCCCUCAGGUCCCUAAAGCGAGCCCUGCAGCCGGUGGUACAGGACAUCUCCCUGACCUGGACUCUGCACCCUGGGCUGAAGGCUACCUUGCUCUCUCCAGCUCCUACUGUCAUCUUCCAGGGUCAGAGGUUAAUCAUCUAUGCCCAGUUGAAAGGGAAAAAUGCAUCCAAAAAGGCAGCAGGUGAGGUCUGCCUUCAAUACACCCUCCAAGGUGCUGGCUUCCAGAACACAGUGCCAUUCUGCCUGGAUCCCAAAGCAGAUGACAAACUCACCAUUCACCGCCUAGCUGCCAAGGCCCUGAUCCAGACUCUUGAUGGAAACUUAGAGGAUGCUGCAAAAGAGAAGAAAAAAGUGGUGGAUAUCAGCCUUCAGUCGGGUGUUGUCUCUUCUCACACUGCCUACAUUGCUAUCAAUAAGGAGCUCAACCAGCCCAUUCAGGGGCCCCUCACCAGGAGAGAUAUUCCAUUGCCUUUUAUAUAUUUUGGGGCCCCAUCCUUCACAUAUUCUCUAAGAGGUGGUGGUUCUGCUUCCCACUUGUCUGAACUUAGUGCACCUCUCACAGCCUGUGGCUCACCAUGCUCUGCUGAUGGAGGAUUUUUCAAAACUGUCGGCUCUCUCUUCAAAAAAAAGGUGGCUGUCAAGUCUGCUGUUCCACAGUCAUGCCAUUUACAAAUGGCAUUUCCCCAAAUUUGCGUGAUAGGGGAGGCGCAUUCUGUAGCUGGAGACACAUCCCCUCCAGAGUCUCCACUUCUGCAGCUGGUUUCCCUCCAGAAGGCAGAUGGUUCCUGGGAACUAGAUGAAGCCCUGGCCUCACUUCUGGGUGUGAGUGUUCAGACUGCAUUGGCUGCUUUGCCUGACCAGAGCAAAGACGUCCCACGCUGGGCCACUAUCUUGGCUGUGCUGUGGAUGCACAAGUCCAGUUGGAACCAGAGAGAAGAAUGGGAACUUCUGGAGAGGAAGGCUGUGGCAUGGAUCCAGUCUCAGUCUGAUUCUUCCCUGGGUGAAUGCAUCAAAGCAGCCAACGCUCUCCUGAAAUCAUCUGUGGAUCUUGCUGUCUUUGGCCUGUGAGAGUAGAAAUGAAAGUGUUUAUCUUUGGCUGCUGCUCCUUACCCUCUAUGCUGCUAAAGCCUGUUGAUGUGCCUUCCUUCCCUGUUAUGACUCAUUCCCCAUAGGAACUCAUCAAUUGGAUUCCAUUUGGUUCAAUUCAAGUAUUUAUUAAGGACCCUACCGUGAGUUGGGCAUGUGGUAGGAGCUAAUGCUACAAAGACAAAAGAGAUAGUCUUCUUACACAAGCAGCUUGCAUUCUACUGGGGAAAGCAGCAAGCUCACAAAUCACUAAAUUCCAAAAUAUGUACAAAAUAAAUAAAAAUAAAAUUUAGAGAGGAAGAAAGAAGGCACAACUGGGAGAAUCAGGAAAGGCCUCUUUCAGUUCCACAAACAUUUCUGUGCUAGAUCAUUCUUUGUAGUUUCCAGAAUCUGUCACUGCAUAAAAUCCAUGAAGUUCAGGGCUGGGGAAAGCAGAUAUUGCUCUCACUUUUCCCCUUUCCCCCUUUCAACCAUCUCAAGGCUCAUUAAAGAGCCUUUUUUAAACAGGGAGGGAGAUGCUAAUUUGAAGUGUCUUAAUCUGUGUGUAGGUAGGGAGGAGAGAAUGAAAAUUAACAUGAAGGUAGAGCAUGCAUGACUUGUAUAGCAGAGCUAGAAUUAAUUGUGUUAGAUGACUUCAAAAAAUUCUUCUAACACUUAAUUUUUUUACCCAGCCCAAGCUAGUGAGCUUCUAAGGACCCCAAACCUAGGGAGCUAGAGGUGGAAGGCAGGUGUGUUGUUUAAAAAUCUAAAUAUGGGUUCUUAUCUGUUCCCCCAGUUCGGGGGGGAAACUGGCUAAAAUCACUGAUAAAUUCACCAAGAGUUUAGGCUUUUAAGGAUUUAUUAAAGCUUGGAUCUGUUCGGUAUAGCCAGAAAGACAGAAACUUUUCCUUUCCUAACAGCCCUCUCAAAAUUCUGCCACCAAAAGAGGAAGAUCCUGUCUGCCAGCCCAACUUCCUACUUCCUGUUCUCCCAGAAAGGAGAGUUUCUUCAAGUUGAUUGGCUGGGAGCAGUCUCCUGUUGAUGUUGCAGUCCAUAGCUUUGGAGAACACACUCUCCUCAGGGUUGAAUACAUUUAAAUUCAAGAUCUAGUCACCUUUAAGUGUGUACAUAGUAGUUCCUCAUUCACACCCAAUUCAAACACUACUAAGUUAAUCAAGUGGGACCCCUGGGAGUCUACCAAAUUCCAUUAUUUUAACACAUAGGCAUUAGGUUUAACCCAUAUCCAUGCCUGGGGGAUGGGUUGGGAAGAGAUACCUAAACUGCCCAUGACCAUUCAGCUUCCCGUGUGCCCUUUAUAUCCUCUCCUCCUACAAGCACUGAUGAGCUCCCCUUGCCACCUAUGGGAGCUACUGGAGACAUGGAAACUUCCCUGUGGUCAUGGGGUGGAAUCCUUUGACCAUGGGCUGCAUGCCCUUUGCUUUUAUGCCCUAUUUUCUGCUGAAUAACAAUAGUAAUAGUAGAGAAAUCCAGGAUAGAAAUAACACACAUCUCUCUGAGAUGAAGGAAAUAGCUUCUUUAUGUUGCAAUCUGCCCCGUGUAUCCACACUUGCUUUAUCAUGGGUACUUAAACUUUUCAGAAACAUGUUAUUUCCUGCAAAUAUUCUAGUAACAAGAAUAAAAUAACUUGCCUAUUAAUGCUCUUUGUUUCAUCUGGUGUAUUCUUCUGCCCAAUCACAGUACCUUGUUUGUUACACCUCUGAUCUUCUGUCCUGAUUGCCUGCAUUUCUCCUGUGGGCAAACUCCACCCAUCUGCUCUUUUUCUCCAUAUGUCUCCAACUGUCCCAUCUCAUAAAUAGCUCCCUGUAAUUCAUCCUUUAGUCUCAGUU